AUGACAAACUUUCCCAAGGAUUGCGAACAGAAAACGCGAGUGCGAAACAUGGAGAGUUCCCUCAUCUUCUUCCUUGGAGUCGAAGUGAUGUUCGCUGCUCUCGAGUUCUUCUUCAUGAGUCCAGUAGUCUUGCACAACUACAAAAUUAUCAAAAUCUUCUUUAUCAUUUGGAUUCCGAAUCUUGUGAUCGCGUCCUUCUUCUUCCUCGCCGUCAAACCGGGUAUCUUCGCCAUGUAUCGUGCAGGAUUUAGAAUGAUUCAUUUCACCGCCAUCGCCAACAUCUACUACUGGUACAGAUUAAUGCCCGUGUCCGUAUGUACUAUUGGUCUCUAUGUUGCCGAAUUCAUCUGUCUUGUCGAUGGAGUGUCAAAUGAGAAACCUCCUCAUUCUUCGACGCGCUCUCAACUGGGAUUCUCAUUUUUCUCCCGACUCAAAUUCUCAUCUUCUCACUCGGAUUCUCAUUUUCUAACGAUGGACAUCGUAUUUGCUCCCGGAGCACUUGCCAACGGACGUUUCAGAGUAUUGGACAUGUUGCACAGCAGAGAGAGCCAGCUCUACAAUGUCAAAGACACGCAGCAAGGAGAUGUUGAGUGUAUCCUGAAACUGUACAAAAGAGACAUAUUUGACGACGCGUACUACAAUGAGAUCACCUUCCUCAAGGCAUGCAAAGGGAAAAGGGGAUUUCCCUAUUUAUUCAGCGAGUUCCCCUUCACACAUGGAGACAUUGAGUGUGAUUGCAUUGUCAUUUCAGACGUUGGGGACACUUUGCUCUCCCAACUGAAAAUGAGGUCGUGGCGAUUCACUAUGGCAAAUACAGUGCGAAUUGGUUAUCGAUGCCUUGAGCUCCUGGAGAAGAUGCACGCUAUGGGAUAUGUUCAUAUGGAUGUCCAUCAGCAGAACAUCAUGGUAGAACAUGAUUACGAUGGAGAGCUGAAGCUCAAUCUCAUAGAUUUUGAGUUUACCAGCAAGAUUCACCCGCCGCCAUCCUGUUACAAUUUUCUCGCGUGGCACUCAAGCCUAAAUGUGGCAACACACGGUGACUACACACCAAUCGAUGAUUUGGUAUCGAUGGUCCUCAUUCUUUUUUCAACGCAAAGAAUCGAUCCAUUCGGAAGAAACAAGGAAGAAUUCAUCCAGAAGAAAGAAGAAUUCCAUGCCGACCCUAUGCGCCCCUUUCCGAAUGCAGAAAGUCAGUGGCUUGGAAGAUUGUAUAUUGAGAUUGAAAGGCAAAGGACUGAUGGAUAUGACAAGUCUAAGAUUCUGGAAAUCUUGAAUGCGGCUGUGCCAGGAAUUGAUCCCCGAUCUCCAAUCGAUUUCGGUUACCAACGCGGGACAUACUGGAUUCAAUAA